AUGGGAAAACCACGGAUGAUCAUUUUGGUUCGACAUGCACAAUCAGAAGGCAACAAGAACCGUGAUAUCCACCAGACAACCCCAGAUCACCGAGUAAAACUCACUGCCGAAGGACUUCGUCAAGCUCAAGAAGCAGGCCGUCGAUUACGAGACCUACUACGCCCAGAUGAUAACCUUCACUUUUUUACGUCUCCGUAUCGCCGUACAAGGGAAACAACCGAAGGCAUCUUGGAAUCUCUUACCUCUGAUUCCCCAUCUCCUUCUCCAUUUCCCCGGAACACCAUAAAAGUAUACGAAGAACCCCGCCUACGAGAGCAGGACUUUGGCAACUUUCAACCAUGCUCGACGGAGAUGGAAAGAAUGUGGAUGGAGAGAGCUGACUACGGUCAUUUCUUCUAUCGUAUUCCUAACGGCGAGUCUGCCGCCGAUGCCUAUGAUCGAGUGAGCGGGUUCAACGAGUCCCUGUGGCGACUCUUCGGAGAGGAUGAUUUUGCUAGUGUCUGUGUCCUUGUUACACACGGUCUCAUGACCCGAGUGUUUCUAAUGAAGUGGUACCAUUGGAGCGUGGAGUACUUUGAAGACCUUCGGAACAUCGAUCACUGCGAAUUUGUGAUCAUGACACACAACGAAGAUAAUGGAAAAUACAAUCUUCAGAAUAAGCUUCGCACCUGGUCGGAAAUGCGAAAAGAACGAGAUCUCGAGAAGAAAAACGAACGCGAGUUGCAAGGUCUGAGUCCUACUGGUACCACACCGACGGAGCAUAUACCCAUCCGAAGAAAAUGGGGAAUGAUCGAAUCCUUGCGACAUGAGAAUGGAACCAGCAAGUCAAAUGGUGAUCCAAAAGUGGCUUCAUCAACCUCAUCCAAUGAUACGGACAAAACGUUCCAGUACAGAAGUAACCCAUUUCAGAACCCAAAUAAUCCCAGUCGGAACUCUCUCAGCGAUCACUCUCAAUCCAACCCACAUCCUGAGGUUGAAGCCAGUGAGGCCAACAGAUCCAACAGGACCGGGGAUUCAAGCUCCGAUAAUCGCACAAGCAGCACUACUCGCCCAAUGCGGCCACAUAUGCAAGGCCUCCAUCGAGAUAGCGAUGACCACCAUCUCCAUACACCGCCUGUAUCAUCUUCCACGGCAUGUUUCAAGCUAGCCCUACUUCACCUCGGCGGACGGGAUGGAGGUGGCUCCAUGAGUGGUGCAAAUAGCCUCGCUCCAUCCGACGACGAAGGAGAUGACCACGGCAGCCGAAGCUUGCGACCUGUCUCCGGACAAUUCCAUCCUAGACCAACAUUACAUCGGCCAUCACAGGAAAUAGAAGAUGAUGGUGAUGAUGAACUAAGCGCGAACCCUACGGAGGAUUCUAAACGGUUUCGAGCUCAUCACCAUUAUCUCCAUCAUCAUCAUCAUCACCACCAACCUGUCCCUUUACAGAAUAGCCACUCAACCCAUCAUCGCCAGACAUCGUCAACUACCUCGUCGCAGCCUCAUCACCGAAUGGCUAAUAUCCUUGGUGAUGGUGAUGAUGUCUCCACACACUCUGAUAGCCACACUCCGGAAUCCAGCCAUAUUGAUGUUGAAUCCCCAGUUAUGAGUGAUAAGAGCAGGAGCAGCGGUCAAGAAAAGAACCAUAGUGUACCAGAAAGUGUACCAGAAAUCUCGCUAGAGGAGCAGCAACGGCAAGAUCAGAGUAUUCGAGGGAGUGUCUAUUGA